AUGACCAAUGUGUUGCAAAAGCUGUAUCAAGGCCUAGCUACCGCCAAGGAUAUAAUUCAUAACUUGCAGGAGAUGUUUGGAGAACAAAAUCGUAGUGCACAACAAGCAGCUAUAAAAGGCCUUAGGUCCACUAAAAUGGUGGAAAGUAGUCCAGUUUGGGAACAUGUCUCGAUGAUGAUUUCAUUCAUUAAUGUACCGGAGAUGCUUGGUGUAGAGAUGGAUGUUGAAACAAAGGUUGAUGUCAUCCUAUUUUCCAUACCAAAAUCCUUCAAUCAGCUUGUUUUGAACUAUUACAUGAAUAAGAUGGUGGUGACACCAUCUAAGCUACUCAAUAUGUUGCAAGUAGCGGAGAAUUUGAUAAAGAAGGAAAAGCCUACUGUCAUAUUGAUUGAAGAGGCAAGUGGCUAUUUUGACACUUUUCAUAUUUGCAAUAUGUUGCAAGGGCUCAGAGAAAACCCAAAGUAA